AUGGGUUCUAAAGCAGCAAUGAAUAAUGUUGCACGUUGUUAUCGAUAUGAUACCAGAGAUAUUCAGAAAGCAAAUUAUUGGUUUAGAAAAUAUAAAAGUCUUUUGGAAACUAAUAAAUCAAAAUUGAUGUUUGAGGCAGGAGAUAAGGUUGCGAUUGCUUAUGAUUAUAAUAACAAUCAAAAGACGCAAAAACGAAAAUUAGAACAAACCUGUAGUAAAACCAGGACAGUUGUUAGUAUGUAUAGCAAUAAUAGAAUGGUUAGGGUAGAUAUAGAUGGUGAA